CAAAAAUACAUAAGCAAAGUAUAACUACUGAAUUUAUUAGCCAAUUUCAGUUUGGACUAGGACAAAAAAUCCAGAAAAACAUAUUGAAAAGGGCGGGACUCGAACCCGCGAGCUUUCGCACUAGGGAUCCUCUUGUGAGAACCUAAACCUAGCUCCAUAACCACUCGGACACCUUUCCUUGCUGUUGUUUUGUUGGUAUUACAAUAUCUACUUAUAUUAAUUGAUUUAGUAUUUGAAAUAUCAAUUUCGUUAUCAGCUUCGUACUAUGAACGAACAAACGAGCUUAUUAGAAAAUUCGGAAAACGAUAAUGAUUCUUCAAGGAAGUUGCUUCGUUCUUUAACGCAACGUCAGAUAUUUAUGCUGACUCUGGGUGGUACCUUAGGGACAGGCCUGUUUUUGGGAACAGGCAGUGCUUUGGCAAAUGCUGGUCCUGCAUCUAUGGUUCUGUCUUAUUGCAGUUCUGGACUUAUUGUAUAUUUAACAAUUCUCGCCCUUGGCGAAAUGACCGUCUAUUUACCCGUCGCUGGUUCAUUUUGUACAUUUGCUUCCCGUUUUGUAGAUGAUGCUUUUGGAUUUGCACUAACAUGGAACUAUUGGCUAAACGAUGCUGUUUCUGUGGCAAACAACGUACUUGCUGUGAAGCUGUUAGUUUGGUACUGGAUUGAGAAGCCAAAAUCAAUGUCCGAAUCCAUAUUCGGAAAUGGGUCUUCAGCAUUAGCCUUUCUCUCCAUGAUAUGUCUCAACUUAUUGCCCGUGCAUCAUUUUGCAGAGUUUGAAUACUGGCUUUCUCUUAUAAAAUUACUAACUGUUGGACUUUUUAACAUUGUUGGAAUAUUGGUAAACCUCGGACUAAACUAUAAACGUAACCGUAUAGCUUUCCGCUACUGGAAAGAUCCAGGUGCGUUUAAUAACGGAAUGCUUGGGUUUGCAUCUAGUUUUGUAUCUGCAGCAUUCACUUAUGGAGGCAUAGAAUCCAUUGCAUUGACGAGUGGAGAAGCAGCAAAUCCACGCCGCUCGAUAACAAGAACACUUCGCUACACAGGACAGCGACUACUUGGACUUUAUGUCCUUACAAGUCUUGUACUAAGUUUGGACAUCCCUUACGACACUCCUGGCUUGAACGAGCGAACAGUGCACCACUCACCGUUUACAUUGGUCUUUCAAUUGGCUGGUUUCAAUAAGGCGGCGUCAUGUCUUAAUUUUGUAAUAUUAAGCUCCGCUCUUUCCGCCGGAAACCAUGCUCUAUAUGCGGGAACGCGACUGCUUUACACACUAGCAGAAGCUAAUCAUGGACCACGCUUUUUAUCAUUAUGUAAUUCUCGGGGAACCCCUUGGGUUUCAGUGAUACUGACUAGCUGUUUCUCCCUUGUUUGUCUGUUUUCAGAUAAAAUUGGUGCUGGUAUUAUCUGGUCUUGGCUAUUAAGACUCGUGGGAGUAAGCAAUCAGAUAGCAUGGAUAUCUAUUGCCAUUUCUAGUUUGCGUUUUCGAAGGGCUUUAAAAGUGCAAAACAAGGAAAACAGAUUGAAUUUCAAGAACUGGACGUAUCCAUGGGGUCCAAUACUCGUUAUUGUUUUUAAUAUUGUUGUUCUUUUUCUUCAGGGUCUUGAAUCUCUCCAGCCGUUUCAAUUCAUUGCGUUCUUGUCUUACUACAUUGAGGCAUUUCUGUUUAUUCUCACUUUUUUCUACUGGAAAUUCAGGACGUGUACCAGUAUUAUUCCGCUGAAAGAAAUGGACUUGGAAAAGGACUGUGUUUAUUAAACUUGUAUUAUUAUGUAGAUAUCUGUAUAAAUAAGGCUUUUAAUUAAUGUUCAGUUAUUAUGACGGACACGUGCUGAAAAACGUGCAAGAACAUUUAUAUAAAAA